AUGAAAUCUUUUGGUAUUUGUGAGGAAGAACCCGAAUCAUCUACUGCUGUUAAUAAAGAGUUUGAAAAUGACGAAAUUGAUGGUAAAGUGAAUAUUCAUGAUAAUGAUCAUGAUAGUGAAGAUUUGUCUUUGGUUGAUCAUGAUGAAAUGGUGGGAAUGCCUACUACCGCUAAGUUAAAUAAAGGUUCUGUACAACUUGAACGUGAAGUAGGAAUAAAUGCAGAUGCAGUUGCAGAAGGCAUGCAUACUUGUGAGACCGUCAGUGUGAGUGAUCAGCAUGUAGCCCACCUAUCAUCAGAUGCUAAUGCUAAACCUGAGCUGAUAGUAAAAGACAGCAGUGGUGGUGGUCUUGCAGGUAGACAAAUUUCUGAAAGUCGAUCAACAACAGCCUCUGAUCCACCGCUAACUUCAUCAACUGGUAUCAAUCAGUCGUCGUUGGUGCUGUCAUCCACAAUGAAACAGACACCCAUCAACUCAACUAUCUUGUGCAGUGACUAUGAUAGUAUUGGUGCAUUUGAAAAGACGAAAGAUAUUGGUCAGUUUAGUGAGGAUAAACCCAGUGUGCAUACAAAGGUGAACUGUGAACCAGUGAGCAAGUUCAGUGAUAAGCUCAAUGUAAACUCCAGGUCUGACUCCGAAUUGUGUGACGAUAACGGUGCGGUGAAGAAGUCUGUAGUUACAACUGGUAAGCCAUUGUUGAAUAGAGUGUCACAGAAUAGAGUUACUGCUUCAGAGUGCAGUUCUGACUCCACAAGUUUACAAGAUAUUACUAGUCAGAGUGAAGGUAUGAAAUCUUUUGGUAUUUGUGAGGAAGAACCCAAAUCAUCUACUGCUGUUAAUAAAGAGUUUGAAAAUGACGAAAUUGAUGGUAAAGUGAAUAUUCAUGAUAAUGAUCAUGAUAGUGAAGAUUUGUCUUUGGUUGAUCAUGAUGAAAUGGUGGGAAUGCCUACUACCGCUAAGUUAAAUAAAGGUUCUGUACAACUUGAACGUGAAGUAGGAAUAAAUGCAGAUGCAGUUGCAGAAGGCAUGCAUACUUGUGAGACCGUCAGUGUGAGUGAUCAGCAUGUAGCCCACCUAUCAUCAGAUGCUAAUGCUAAACCUGAGCUGAUAGUAAAAGACAGCAGUGGUGGUGGUCUUGCAGGUAGACAAAUUUCUGAAAGUCGAUCAACAACAGCCUCUGAUCCACCGCUAACUUCAUCAACUGGUAUCAAUCAGUCGUCGUUGGUGCUGUCAUCCACAAUGAAACAGACACCCAUCAACUCAACUAUCUUGUGCAGUGACUAUGAUAGUAUUGGUGCAUUUGAAAAGACGAAAGAUAUUGGUCAGUUUAGUGAGGAUAAACCCAGUGUGCAUACAAAGGUGAACUGUGAACCAGUGAGCAAGUUCAGUGAUAAGCUCAAUGUAAACUCCAGGUCUGACUCCGAAUUGUGUGACGAUAACGGUGCGGUGAAGAAGUCUGUAGUUACAACUGGUAAGCCAUUGUUGAAUAGAGUGUCACAGAAUAGAGUUACUGCUUCAGAGUGCAGUUCUGACUCCACAAGUUUACAAGAUAUUACUAGUCAGAGUGAAGGUAUGAAAUCUUUUGGUAUUUGUGAGGAAGAACCUAAAUCAUCUACUGCUGUUAAUAAAGAGUUUGAAAAUGACGAAAUUGAUGGUAAAGUGAAUAUUCAUGAUAAUGAUCAUGAUAGUGCAGAUUUGUCUUUGGUUGAUCAUGAUGAAAUGGUGGGAAUGCCUACUACCGCUAAGUUAAAUAAAGGUUCUGUACAACUUGAACGUGAAGUAGGAAUAAAUGCAGAUGCAGUUGCAGAAGGCAUGCAUACUUGUGAGACCGUCAGUGUGAGUGAUCAGCAUGUAGCCCACCUAUCAUCAGAUGCUAAUGCUAAACCUGAGCUGAUAGUAAAAGACAGCAGUGGUGGUGGUCUUGCAGGUAGACAAAUUUCUGAAAGUCGAUCAACAACAGCCUCUGAUCCACCGCUAACUUCAUCAACUGGUAUCAAUCAGUCGUCGUUGGUGCUGUCAUCCACAAUGAAACAGACACCCAUCAACUCAACUAUCUUGUGCAGUGACUAUGAUAGUAUUGGUGCAUUUGAAAAGACGAAAGAUAUUGGUCAGUUUAGUGAGGAUAAACCCAGUGUGCAUAUAAAGGUGAACUGUGAACCAGUGAGCAAGUUCAGUGAUAAGCUCAAUGUAAACUCCAGGUCUGACUCCGAAUUGUGUGACGAUAACGGUGCGGUGAAGAAGUCUGUAGUUACAACUGGUAAGCCAUUGUUGAAUAGAGUGUCACAGAAUAGAGUUACUGCUUCAGAGUGCAGUUCUGACUCCACAAGUUUACAAGAUAUUACUAGUCAGAGUGAAGGUAUGAAAUCAUUUGGUAUUUGUGAGGAAGAACCUAAAUCAUCUACUGCUGUUAAUAAAGAGUUUGAAAAUGACGAAAUUGAUGGUAAAGUGAAUAUUCAUGAUAAUGAUCAUGAUAGUGCAGAUUUGUCUUUGGUUGAUCAUGAUGAAAUGGUGGGAAUGCCUACUACCGCUAAGUUAAAUAAAGGUUCUGUACAACUUGAACGUGAAGUAGGAAUAAAUGCAGAUGCAGUUGCAGAAGGCAUGCAUACUUGUGAGACCGUCAGUGUGAGUGAUCAGCAUGUAGCCCACCUAUCAUCAGAUGCUAAUGCUAAACCUGAGCUGAUAGUAAAAGACAGCAGUGGUGGUGGUCUUGCAGGUAGACAAAUUUCUGAAAGUCGAUCAACAACAGCCUCUGAUCCACCGCUAACUUCAUCAACUGGUAUCAAUCAGUCGUCGUUGGUGCUGUCAUCCACAAUGAAACAGACACCCAUCAACUCAACUAUCUUGUGCAGUGACUAUGAUAGUAUUGGUGCAUUUGAAAAGACGAAAGAUAUUGGUCAGUUUAGUGAGGAUAAACCCAGUGUGCAUAUAAAGGUGAACUGUGAACCAGUGAGCAAGUUCAGUGAUAAGCUCAAUGUAAACUCCAGGUCUGACUCCGAAUUGUGUGACGAUAACGGUGCGGUGAAGAAGUCUGUAGUUACAACUGGUAAGCCAUUGUUGAAUAGAGUGUCACAGAAUAGAGUUACUGCUUCAGAGUGCAGUUCUGACUCCACAAGUUUACAAGAUAUUACUAGUCAGAGUGAAGGUAUGAAAUCAUUUGGUAUUUGUGAGGAAGAACCUAAAUCAUCUACUGCUGUUAAUAAAGAGUUUGAAAAUGACGAAAUUGAUGGUAAAGUGAAUAUUCAUGAUAAUGAUCAUGAUAGUGCAGAUUUGUCUUUGGUUGAUCAUGAUGAGAUGAACGGAAUGUUUGCUACUGCCGAAUUGGUCAAAGAUUCUGUACAAUUUGAACGUGAAGCAGAAUUAAGAGCAAAUGCGGUGGUAGAAGGUAUGGAUACUCAUGAGACUGUCAUUGUAAAUGAUCAGCGUGUAGCCCAUCUAUCAUCGGAUGUUAAUGCUAAACGGGGGCUAAUAAGAAAAGACAGCAGUGUUGUUAGUCUUGCAGUUAGACAGCCUUAUAAAAGCCGAACAACAACAGCUGAUGAACCACUAAGUUCAUCAACUUGUGUUGGUCAGUUGUCGUUGGUGUUGUCAUCCACAAUGAAAUAG